AUGGCGAAUCGCCAGAUUGCUCGACGUAUAUUCAUAGGCGCUGUGAUUGCAGCCAUUCUUCUUUGCUUCUUCCUCAUUCGACCGCAAGAUUCGUCGAACGCCGCUAUCCGCACGCCCAGCCAAUUCACGAAUCCGGAGCCGGGCUCCGAGCCGGCCGCAUUGACCAAGGAUGAUGUGACCAAGGGCGACGUGGUGAUGCCAAAGCUAGGCAACGAGACGGCGAAGGCCGAACUAGGACGUGCGACUUGGAAGUACUUCCAUACGAUGCUGGCGCGAUAUCCAGAAGAACCCACAACCGAACAGCAGGAGACCUUGCGGUCGUUCAUUUACCUCUUCGCGCGACUCUAUCCUUGUGGCGAAUGCGCCUCGCAUUUCCAAGGACACCUCGCCAAGUAUCCCCCACAAGUCUCAUCUCGGAAUAUAGCGUCGGGCUGGGGCUGCUUCAUUCAUAACGAAGUGAACGCGAUGCUCAAGAAGCCCGAGUUUGACUGCAACAAGAUCGGCGACUUUUACGAUUGCGGAUGCGCGGAUGAUGAGAAGGCAGACGACAAGAGACAAGAACUUCAGAGUCGGAAUACGGGAGCCUCCUCGGUACAAAUCGACAGGAAUGAAAUGGUGUGA